UGUCGCACUCUGCAGCUGGUUACUGUUGUUGCCAACGGCACUGAGCGCGGAUUUGACGUUGUAGUGGAAACGCGCCGUUUAAUAAGUGUGGCAGUAGAGCGCGGAUGCGCCCCGACGUCGGUUGAUAUCCGGGGGGUCAGCCCUCUUAAAUGUGUCGUAUUUCUGUUGUCUUCUGUAUGAAUGUUAGAAGGAUGUUGAGAGCACUGACUGUUCCCGCUCUGGGGCUUCUAGCUUGGCUAUGCUUAUUCUCCUCGGAGCCCGUGUGGGCUGGAAGGGUGCUUGUCGUGCCAGUGGACGGCAGCCACUGGUUGAGCAUGAAGAUCCUGGUGGAAGAGCUUUCUCAGAGGGGACAUGAGAUUGUGCUCCUGGUUCCUGAAACCAGUGUUCGGAUUGAGAAGUCUGAUAAUUACACCACUAAAUAUUUUCGUGUGCCCUAUACCCUUGCUGAUUUGAAGGCCAACUUGGACAGCAUAGAAAAGAAUGCAUUUGAGAAGCCUCCCAAAUUGACUGAUAUUGUUGAGAAUUUGGGGAACCUGAUUCAGUUCUUGAAUAUGCAGGUGACCGCCUGUGAAUGGCUGCUGUAUGACGAGUCCCUGAUGAAGAGUUUAAGAGAAACAGAGUUUGAUCUUGUGCUCACUGAUCCUUUCCUGCCCUGUGGCGCAAUCAUCGCCGAUUCGUUCUCGAUUCCUGCGGUUUACUUCCUGCGAUUGAUUCCCUGUUUGCUGGAUGAGUCAGCCACCCAGUGCCCCUCACCUCCGUCCUUUGUCCCACGGUUCUUCACUGGUUUCUCUGAUAAGAUGACUUUCUUUCAAAGAGUAGAAAACACGCUUAUGACAGUUUUUGAAGCUUUCCUAUGCCGCAAACUGUUUGCUGGCACCGAUGAACUGGCCAGUAGAUAUCUGCAGAAGGACACUACAUACAAAGAGCUGUUAGGGAACGGAGCAGUCUGGCUUUAUAGAAAUGACUUUACCUUUGAAUUCCCCAAACCUCAAAUGCCGAACAUGGUCCAAAUAGGGGGCAUCAACUGUGCUAAGAAGGGCCCACUGACAAAGGAGCUGGAGGAGUUUGUGAAUGGUUCUGGAGAGCAUGGGUUUGUUGUCUUCACACUUGGCUCCACGGUGUCACAGUUACCCGAGGCCAAAGCCAGAGUGUUCUUUGAGGCUUUUAGGCAGAUACCUCAGAGGGUGCUAUGGAGGUACACUGGACCAGUCCCUGAAAAUGCUCCAAAGAAUGUCAAACUGAUGAAGUGGCUGCCACAAAAUGAUCUCUUGGGCCAUCCUAAGGUUAGGGCUUUUAUUACACAUGGUGGAUCACAUGGAAUCUAUGAAGGAAUCUUUAAUGGGGUGCCAAUGGUGAUGCUUCCUCUGUUUGGAGACCAGGGGGAUAAUGUUCAGCGCUUAGUGUCUCGAGGAGUUGCAGAAACCCUGAGUAUCUAUUAUCUGACCUCAGAAAAACUGCUGGUUGCAUUGAGGAAGGUCAUCAAUAACAAAAGCUAUAAGGAGAAGAUGACCGAGCUUUCAGCUAUUCACAGAGACCGUCCCGUUGAGCCUCUGGACCUGGCUGUGUUCUGGACUGAGUUUGUUAUGAGACACAAAGGGGCAGCGCAUCUCAGACCUGCAGCCCACGAGCUGAACUGGAUUCAGUAUCAUUCUCUGGAUGUCAUUGGCUUUCUCAUUCUCAUUCUAGUGACUGUUAUUUUUGUGACUGUCAAAAGCUGCAUGUUCUGUUACAGGAAGUGCUUCAAGAAAACUCAGAAAAAGAAGAAGGAGUAGAUAUAUUUUGUCAGUUUUGUGUUCUUUUUUUUUGUGGGGUGAUGGUUUAGAGCAGGGGUCACCAAACUUGGUCCUGGAGGGCCGGUGUACUGCAGAGUUUAGCUUCGACUUGCUUUAACACACCUGCCUGGAGGUUUCAAGUAUACCUAGCAAGACCUUGAUUAACUAAAUCACAUGUGCUUGAUAGGUGGUUGAUGCUAAACUCUGCAGGAGAGUGGUAGAGGUGGAUUUAACCAUUAGGCAAAAGUAGGUAAACGCCUUGAGCCCCAAAAGCCAAGGGCCCGCUAAAAUGCUUUAUAUAUAUGAGGUGUGUGUCUAGUGCGGAUGCAGAAGUGGAUGCUUUGAUAUUCAUUACCACAACCACCAUCUUAAUGUCUGCGUUGAACGCACUUCUUAUAGCAAAUGUAAUUUUAAUAUUGACAUGCACUAGUCCAUUUCGCAGUCUGAUUGAAAUGUACUGACAUGCAUUGGAUUUAUUCAAAUUUUGACAAAUUCCUUGACAUUCCACAUUAUACCGUAAACUUCUGUUGUGUAACACUUUGAAUGUACAUAAAUUAUAGGGUUUGUUUAAUUUCAUUGGAAUAAAAGAUAUAUUAAUGUU